AUGUUCAUCAAGUUCUUUCCUGCCACUGCAAUAUCAUCGAAAUACACCGCCACGCUAGGUCAUUUAGAAAAUUUCGAAGACGGCUGGGCUGGUACUAAUUCCUCGGUCAGCGAUUGGUCGGUCGCAAUUUUUCUAGGGAUCUUCUCUUAUUCUGGUUGGAACUACCUGAACUUUAUGACUGAGGAAUUGCGGGACCCGUUCGUGAACCUGCCGCGCGCGAUAUACAUUUCCCUACCGCUGGUCACUGCUAUAUACAUCAUGGCAAAUGUAUCGUACCUAGCUGUGCUGGGUCAAGAUAUACUCACCACUGAAGCCAUAGCUGUUGAUUUCGCGACAGCCAUCCUCGGCUGGUUGCGGUGGGUGAUGCCUGCGCUGGUCUGCAUCGCGACCCUCGGCGGCCUGUCGGUGAACAUCAUGACGUCGUCCCGCAUUUGUUUCGCCGGCGCCAGGAACGGUCACAUGCCAGAGUUACUCGCUCAUAUAAACAUAAAGUGUAUGUCACCGAUGCCUUCACUGGUAUUCUUGAUGCUGUUGUCACUACUGAUGCUGAUACCUGACAAUCUGACGUCCCUCAUCACGUACUGCACAGUAGUGGAGUCCUUCUUCACCACCAUUUGCUGCAGCGCCGUGCUGUGGUUGCGGCAUAAAAAACCUAACUUACCGAGGCCUAUUAAGGUGCAAUUAUGGAUGCCAUCGAUCUUUGUGGCGAUAACUUCGAUGCUGCUGGUGAUACCUGUGAUCAGCGAGCCGUUCGCGGUGAUAUCUGGCGCCUGCAUCACGUUGGCGGGGCUGCCGGCGUACUACGUGCUAGUAAAGAACACCCCAGCACCAAUCCAGAGAAUGACCUUGUCGUUCACACAUUUUUGUCAGAAAUUAUUUCUCUCGGCAGUCGAAGAAAAUGAAGAUUUAUAAUAAUCAUAAUUGGAACUUAUAUGUAUCACGUGCUAUAAUUUGAAUUAUUUUUAUGAAAUUAGUAUAGUUUAAACUAAUUUGUAUUUUUUUUCGUAAUUAUUAUAGUAUU